AUGAAUCUGAUACAGGCCUGCAGGUGGGCGAGAGAAUUAUCUUCUGAUCUAAUUGUCUCCGGUGAAUCUCUGACAGGAAAGAAGUACAAUACACAAAUUAUGAAAUGGAAGCCACCUCCUGCUGGCUUUGUGAAGAUCAACGUGGAUGCUGCUUUCAAGGCGGAAAGUCAACAAGGUGCUACUGGGGUGGUAAUUCGUGAUGAAAAUGGUCAUGUUCUAGCGACUAAAUGCAAAUGGUAUGAUUCGAUUCCAAACAUUCUCACUGUUGAAGCCUAUGCUGCACGUGAUGGGGCUGUAUUGAUGAAUUUGCUGAAUCGACCAAAGGUGAUGUUGGAAACUGAUAGUUUAGAGUUGCAAUCCUUAUGGAGAAGUAAAGAUAAUAACAGGUCGACUAUCCUCCUGUUCUAA